UUUGAAUCAUGAUACUUCUACAAAUCUCCACGCUCAUCCCUUCCAAAUCCUCCAUCAGCGGCGCAUCUCAGCUUUGGUUCAGUCGCACCGAAGCUCCGUCAUAGCCCUUCCAAUGGAUCUUCUCCGUCACGCUCUCUUCCGUUCCUCCUCCUCCUCUGUCGCCGCCUCUGCUGCCAUUGUUCGAUCGUUCCUCUGAGUUUUUGUCUUCUUCCGCCGCUGCCGCCACAGCUUGCGUCGCACGAGCCCCCUCCUUGCUGUUGCUUAGGUUUCUAUCACAUGCUGGUAUCUCGAAACAUAUGUGAGGAGCAGAUACUCCGGGAUGAUAUCAAGUUUGGUGGAAAAGUCCAAACAGCUUUUCAUGAAAGAUAUCAGGUUGACAAGCUUGGAAAGGAAUCCCUUAUUAACUGUGCCAAGACCAGCAUGUCGUCAAAGUUGAUAUCUGGUGACAAUGACUUCUUUGCCAACUUGGUUGUAGAGGUAGUGCAAGUUGUAAAGAUGACCAAUGCUAGGGGGGAAGUUAAAUACCCAAUCAAGGGAAUCAAUAUAUUGAAGGCUCAUGGAAAAAGUGCUAGAGACAGCUUUCUAAUGAAUGGUUAUGCUCUAAAUACUGGCCGUGCAGCUCAAGGAAUGCCUCUUAGGGUUGCCCCUACAAAAAUUGCCCGUCUUGAUUUUAAUCUUCAAAAGACUAAAAUGCAAUUGGGUGUUCAAGUAUUAGUUACUGAUCCCAGAGAGCUUGAGAAAAUUCGUCAAAGAGAGGCUGAUAUGACUAAGGAACGCAUUGAAAAACUAUUGAAAGCUGGAGCCAAUGUUGUUCUGACUACUAAUGGAAUUGAUGACAUGGCACUCAAGGUAUAUUAGUUUCUUUUUUUCUUUGAAAUUCUUAAUAGUUUUUACUUUCUGCAAGAGACAUUAGUUGUAAUUAUUUCAUUUAGGCAUGUGAAGAAAAUAACUAAUUUUUUUUAUUAUGCUUUACAUGUUGAUAAGGAAAAGAAUGCCUAUGUAGGAUUAAUAUAGCUUAGUUACCACCACAUCUAGGAUUCUUCCUUUUUAGGCAUCACACCAAAGAACUUAUGUUUUUAUCAUAUAUUUGCAUUGAGUGACUAAAUUUGAUAUUUUGAAUAAUAUUUUUUACAAUGUUGGGUGCAGGCAAAUCAAUGCGUCUGUUGCUAGGAGGAACUUAGGGACACUGCAUUUUCAUGUUCAUAUAAUUGUUGUGAAUUGAAGCCUCUUCUCUUCCUCAACUCAAUGACAGUUCUUGAUUGCUUAAUUGAUCAAAGACUUGUAUAAAGUAUCCAGUCACUGAAUUGAAUCUGAAUCACUUGCUUUUAGACUUGUUCUGGUUUAUUGCAUUGUGUGCAUUACAUGUUCCAAAUCUGCAAUUGCUAUUUGGCAGUGUCCAUGAUCUUUAAAAAGAACUAACCCUGAGAAAUCUAUGGAAGAGUUUCGAGCAGCUAGUCAAAAACUUGGUGAUGGCGUGGGUGUAAAGUCUUUAAUGCAAAGCACGGGACUUGGAAUGAUUGCUGACCAGACUCAGGAAGGAGUUGGAGCUCUUUGGACUGGGAUUGUCUCCAAUAUAGCAAGAAGUGCUAUCAUUAAUGCUGCUGAACUAGCCAGCUAUGAUCAAGUGAAACAGUUGGCAGUUGGUAUGCUAAUUCGUUAACCGAUGCUUCUAUUUCAAGUUUGAUAUAUGAAAUACAUUUAUGCGUUGGUGUAAAGGUUUAGGAAGCUCACUUUGAUUGCUGCAUUUUAUAUUACAGAUUAACAAUCAGCACAAUGUUGAUGAGUAAGCACAAACUUUCAUCUAAGGCAUGGAAACAUUUUCUCUUUUUAUAAUAUGUUUAUCUCCUACAAAUGGAUUAUGAUUUUUAAUUGAAAAUUGUUUGGCU